AAACACACAGUACUAUCUUGUCUGCUCGUUGCGCAGACAUCGGUCGUGUAACUGGCCAUGUUUUGAUUACAUACAUAUUUUUAAAACGUUUUAGUGUGGACCUAAAAUGGAGGUGUCAACUGCAAAAGUGAUAUCUAUGGUGGCCUUGGGGCUUGGGAGUUUCGCUGCUGGUGUGGCACCAGUGUGUAUUUCAGAAAGAGCCAGACAGCGGCAUCCCCUUUUUAUUUCUUGUCUGCUCUGUUUUGGAGGUGGUGUUCUACUAUCCACGUCGCUCACCCACAUUCUGCCGGAAGCCAGAGAAAUUCUAGGAAAAUAUUCAGAACUUGGAUUAUGUGUUGGUUUCUUUCUGGUUUAUUUUGUAGAUGAAUUGGUUCAUUUCUUUUACGGGGCACAUAACAGCAGCCAAAGAGAGAGAACUAGUUAUGGGACUGAGGAAUCUCGUCUUUUGAGGGAUGAUGAAAUGAGAGAAAGUUGUGGUGGAGCUGCUGAUAAUCCUCGUAUGUGUCAUGUUAGCCAUAGAGCACCUUGUAAUAAGAGUUAUUCGGGGGUCAUAGGUUUAUUAUGUGCGUUGCUCGUGCACAGUUUUUUGGAAGGACUUGCUAUUGGACUGCAAGAAACAGCAUCGCAGGUUCUUCUUCUUCUAGCAGCAGUGGCCUGUCAUAAAUUUGUUGUGGGUUUUUGUCUUGGGGCUGAAUUGUGCGCGAGUGGAAGAAGCCUUAGCGCUCACAUCGUGUCAAUUCUACUCUUCAGUGGAGGGUCAGUUGCAGGCAUCGGGUUAGGUACCGGUCUCGAUGCUAUAAGCCAGCUGAAGAAUUCAGUUUCUGCGUCCAUCCUGCAGGCAUUAGCUGCCGGAACGCUUCUGUAUGUAACCGUGAGUGAAGUUCUUCCAAGGGAAAGAGCCCGCUGGCAUGAACAAAAACGUUUAGCGGGUGUUGCACAGUUCUUCGCUGUGACAACAGGGUUCGCUGUCAUGUAUCUUUCUACGAUGUACUUAGAUCAUGCAGAUUAGUGAGGGAGGGAUUUCAUAUGAUUUGCCAUAACGCUUCUAAUUAUAAGUUUACCUAGUUGUAGAAUUUUUUGACUGAUCAGACGACUGUCCAUUUAAAUUUAACGGAUAAUGUAAUUAAAUGAAAAACGUCUUCGAA